AGGUGGCGGUGAGUCCUGGCCUCCCCCCAUGGCGGGGGGGGACCCCAGCCUGUCCCAGGGUUGGGGACACCCUUCCCACCCCUGUGGAUGGGGGUAACACCCAGCCUUGGUGCCCUGCAAGCACCCACGGGUGCUGCCAUGGUGCCCGGGUGGGUCUGGGUGGGGGCUGCAGCCACAUUUGGGGUGAGGGGAUGCUGCAGGCCCCCCUGCUGCCAGCCAGCCCCGCGUGCCCGGUCCCAAACCCCAUCCAGCCAUGGUGCUCAGUGCCAGUCCUGCUCCGAUGCCAGCUGCAAUCCCAACCCCAGUCCCAACCUUGAUGCCGGCUGCAAUCCCGACCCUGAUGCCGGCUGCAAACCUGACCCCAAUCCCAACCCCAGUCUCGUCUCCGAUGCCGUCCCAGAUGCCGUCUGCAAUCCUGACCACGAUGCCGGCUGCAGUCCUGUCCCCAAUCCCAACCCCGAUUCCGGCUGCAAUCCCAACCCCAAUCCCGACCCCAAUCCCGACCCCGAUGCUGGCUGCAAUCCCAACCCCAGUCCCAACCCCAGUCUCGGCUCCGAUGGCGGCUGCAAUCCCAGCCCUGAUGCCCUGACGCUCAGCUGCGAUCCUGGUCCCAGUGCUUACCCCCAGACCUGGCCCUGCUGCGGGUCCCGACACCCAGCCCGGGCCCUGGUCCUGGUCCCAGUGCUUGGUUCCAGUGCUUGGUCCCGGUGCCCACCCACGCCCCGCACCGUGGUGGAGCCCGGCACGGCGGCAGCCCGACAAACCAGCCAGGCAGGCACAGGCAGGUACACGCUCACCUGCCUUGCCUCACCUUCCCCAGCUGGUGACCAGGGUCGGGCUCUGUGAGGAUUUGGGGUCCCCAGCGCCCCAUCCCUGAUGGAGCACUCCAACAAGUGGGGAAACUGAGGCACGGCUCCGCACCGUUGCAGGGGGAGGCACUUGGUGCAGGGGCACAUCCCAAAAGAGGGGUCAGCCCCAAAGCGCAGCCUCUGCCGUGGCCCUUCUGCCUGGAGAACCUGUGCCUCAGUUUCCCCUUGCCGCUCGGUGGGUCAGGGCGGGGGGUCCCAUCCCUG